AUGGCGCCUGCUGCUAUCUCACCACCGAGCUCGCCGAGCUUGACGAAUGCUACACCUUCAUCAGAUGUCUCGGCGUACCGUGGAUAUCACCAUGUACACUGGUAUGUUGGGAAUGCUAAACAGGCUGCUUCGUUCUAUGUCUCGCGCAUGGGCUUCGAGCGAGUUGCAUACCGCGGACUAGAGACUGGAUCGCGAGCCACUGCUUCUCAUGUCAUUCGAAACGGCAAUGUUACUUUCGUCCUGACAUCGCCUUUGAGAUGUCUGGAGCAGAGCACACGGUUCAGCAAAGAAGAUGAGCAACUGCUUCGGGAGAUCCAUGAGCAUCAGGAGAGGCAUGGCGAUGCAGUAAAGGACGUUGCUUUCGAAGUCGACAACCUAGACGCCAUCUACACUGCCGCCGUCUCCUCAGGCGCCACCAUCAUCGCCGCCCCCCACGACAUCUCCGACUCAUCCGGCACCGUCCGCCUCGCCACAAUCCGCACAUACGGCGACACAACACACACCCUGAUCCAAAAGAACUCGUACACCGGCACGUUCCUCCCCGGCUACCGCUCCGAGCCCAAGACCCGCGACGCGCUCUCCCGCUUCCUCCCGCCUGUCCAACUGCACGCCAUCGACCACUGCGUCGGCAACCAGGACUGGGAUGAGAUGGAAGACGUUUGUUCUUACUACGAGAAUGUCCUGGGCUUCCACCGCUUCUGGAGCGUAGACGACAAGGAUAUCUGCACCGAGUACUCUGCGCUGAAAUCAAUCGUCAUGUCCAGCCCCAACGACGUGGUCAAGAUGCCCAUCAACGAGCCCGCAAAGGGCAAAAAACAGAGCCAGAUCGAGGAGUACGUGGAUUUCUACGGCGGCCCGGGCGUGCAGCACAUUGCUCUGCGCACGGAUGAUAUCGUGAGCGCUAUUACGAAUCUCAAGGCGCGCGGCGUCGAGUUCAUCAAGGUCCCGGAGACGUACUACGAUAGCAUGAAGCUGCGGCUUAAGAAGUCUGGGCUGGUGCUGAAUGAGGACUUUGAAGUGCUUAAGAGUCUUGAUAUCUUGAUUGAUUUUGACGAGGGCGGGUAUUUGUUGCAGUUAUUCACAAAGCAUUUGAUGGAUCGGCCGACGGUGUUCAUUGAAAUUAUUCAGCGGAACAACUUCGAUGGCUUCGGUGCGGGCAAUUUCAAGAGCUUGUUCGAGGCAAUCGAGAGGGAGCAGGAUGCUAGGGGGAACUUGGUGUAG